AUGACAUUCCAUGCAGCUAUGUCGCUCCAGUUGAACCAAGCGAUGCAUCUCCAGCACCAUCAACACCAGCCGAGUUGCCAGCCACCCGAUCGCAACCUUCACAGCCCCAGUCCCAAAGCCGAUCUGUUGGAUCUUCUAUGCACCUCGCCAGAGGGCACUCCCUCCAAAGAAGACUGGGCCCUCGACCUAGAGCUGAUGCACCACUUCAGCACUGUCACCUGCAACACCAUCGCCGUCCGCCCUGACGCCCGGUACACCUGGCAAUAUGUCCUCCCCACUGAGGGCUACUCCAACGAAUACGUCAUGCACGGGCUCCUCGCGAUGGCAGCUAUGCACUGCUCUUAUCUCUAUCCCGCCCAGCGAGACCGGUACAGCAAGGCAUCGGCCUAUCAUCAGGCCGCAGGAUUAAAGGAGUUCCGGGACCUGAUCGCCUCCCCCAUUGACGCGAGCAACUGGCAGCCGGUGUUCUGUUUUGCAUCGAUGAUUACCGUGCACGUGUACUGUUCUGGAGCCGUUUAUGGCGUUGCUGAAAAAACCAAGUGGGCGCCGUUUGUUUUUUCCGUUUGGAUUGAGGAUGAGAAGUUGCCACCAAAUCUGGCGACGCUUAAACAUUCCCUCCUUCCGCCAGAUACAUGGACACAGAUCGACCGACUCCGACAAUUCAUCCAAGACUAUCCCUUCCCGCAUUCAUCGAGUACAUCUCACUCUAAUCAGUAUCAAGACCAUGACCGGCGCAACGACUACAAAUCAGCACUCUCCUCUCUCGAAAGCUCAAUCCGCCAAAUUGAGCUCGCCGGCCCAAAUAUUGAAUUCGGCAUGCCCAUUCUAUGGGCAUACCGGCUCUCAAAACGGUUCCGCGAUGACCUAGAAGCGUACCAGCCCGUAGCAUUGAUUCUUCUUGGGCAUUGGUGCGUGCUUCUGCACUUAGUGGAUCAUUACUGGUUUGUGAAUGGAGCGGCUCGGCAGUUGUUUGAGGAUAUUGAGAAGAAGAUCGUCCAUACUGGGUUUCAGAACUGGUUGACCUGGCCGAGACAGUGGGUUUUGGAGAGGUGA